GAUCAGACGUCAGGGCUGAUGUGACGUCACAUUUAUGCGACAGCUCUCCGACUCUGUACAUGUAGCCACAAAAGAUUUUCAACAUAGACUUUACGUUUUUAAGGUAGCUUUUUAAUUCUUUCUGUGAGUUAUAUACCAUCGGCACAAAGGUGAGAAACGACGUCGCUUAUUCAGACAACAUUGUUUUUGAUAGUUACGGUGAACACGGUUUUAGUCAGUCAGCGGUGUUCAUUUGCCAAUUACAAGCUACGGUUGCUAGCUAGCAGUUAGCUUAGCUAAUUUAUGCCGGAUGCCCAUCCAUUGCGGAUGUGGUGCAGAAAAAAGGAGCACUUAUGCGACAGAUUAAGUACAGGCCAUGGUUUAAUUCACCUUUUUGGGUGUGUUACUCUGGCUGUGUUGUGUUGCUUAUUGAUUUGUUUUAAUAUUUAAUAGGUUUUAUCAGCUCAGAUUUUACCCCUUGUUUUCAGAUCCGACUUCCCUGAGAUGAGCUCGAUUGCUCACUAUUGGCGCUGCAUAACACCUUUCUCAUGUCGAUUACUUUUACAUCUCGAUUUUUAAACAUAACUUUUUUUUUUUUAAUUUAAAGGUGGAUGUUAAUUUUUGUGAGUUCUGAGACAGGGUCACACAGUGAAUUUUAGUCCAAUGUUUUUUUUCUCCAGAAUAUAUGCCUCCCCAGUUGGUCCAAAGCCACUUAUGUUGAAAGACAGUUUGUGUCCUCUAUACCAGGAAAUAGUUUUCCCUUCAGCUGCACUUUUAUAGCUACAUUCUUCAGUCACCUAUCACUUUGGAGCUGGAACAUGACUUUAACUGAGGCAAAUCAUGCAGUGUGCACACUCAGUGAACACUAGUUAUGGCUGAGUGUGAUGGCACUUUUGUGAAUGGUGCUGCAUCGGCUGUGACCCAUGAGUGAAUAUUAUGAGGAGGGCGGGUUGCUGUAUGAGCGCUCGCCUCCCAUGCACAUUAAAGUGGAGUCGCCUGAAGGUGCCUUCGGAGGUCGUGUCUCGGAGGAUGGCUUCCCCCGUGAAGACGAUGACUCCGAAGGCAGCUGUGAUCACGCUGGCCUGCCUUUCAACGUCGUGGUCGUGCAUCCCAACAUUGUUGCUCCUGGAGUGGCUUCUGAUGAACUGAUACCAAUUCAACAAAACAGAGGUGUUUCGGCAGCGCUGGCUUCAGGGGGUGCAGGUAAAAGGAAGAGUAGGUUUAGCGGUGCUGAAUUGGAGGUGCUGGUCUCAGAAGUAACCCGGUGCGAAGGGGAGUUGUUCGGCCCAGCCGGCAGACUCAGGCGGCGUGAGAGAGAGAGAAUAUGGGCUGGAAUCUUGGAUCGUGUGAACGCUGUGUCCCGAGUUCCACGCACCCUUCGGGAAGUAAAGAAACGUUGGGAUGACCUGAAGAGACGCAACGGUGGAAAGCUGGCAGAUGCAAGGUUCCGCUCAUGGCUUCCAUCCAGUAGAGGGAGUGCAGUUCUGGGAGGGCCUAGCCAGUUGAGCCCCAGGUUUCACCAAGCCCGACAAAAAUUGAGUACAAGGGGAAAGGCCAGUUUCACCUGUUUGUCUGACACUGAUCAAGUUACAGGUGGGGAUGGUUCUGAAAGAGAUGGCUUUGAAAAGGAGGAUGAGUCUCAUGAGCAGGAAGGUGAUGAAGGAACCAAUUGUGAAGGUGUAGAUAACAGCAUGGAAGACAAACUGGGAUUAGGCCUUGGGUUAGGAAUAGUCCCGGCCCCAACAUCUGAGCGCUGGCUUCCUCCUUCACCACUCUAUAGUGCCCCCUUCCUGAAUGGUACUCCUCAGCCUAGUCCAGAACCAUCACUUGGAGCCCAUCAGGGCCCCAUUGAGCCUCCUCCUUCACGCAGUUCCUGGCUGGAGGAUGAACUUCGGGGACUAGGGGAAGCAGCUGUGCAGCUUGGAGAUCGCCUCGAGCAGAACUUAAGGGAGUUUGGUGAAGGUUUCAGGCGUGACAUGCGGACACUUGUGGCCUCACAAGAGGCUCUGACAAUCAGCUUACAGCAAAAUAAUGUGCUCUUGCAGAGACUUUUGGGUCUUCUUGAAAUGCAGCAGCAAACGCAGCCUCCACAGCACCAAAUUCCACAUCAUCAGCUUCCGCAAAGAUUGUCUCAAGAACAUUUGCAGCAUCGACAACAAGAAGAUCUACCACAGCAAAUUUUAUCCCAGGAGCUUGAACAACAAAUUCAAAAUGCAAGUGAACAAAUAUCAACAGCUGCUACUUCUGUACCCCUACCCCCAGAUAUUUUAGAUGGCACUUCCCAGCCUGAAUCAACAACUGAGAGGAAUGCCCAGAGGCCAUGUCGGGGUAGAACAGGAGACCACAGACGGAAGCGUAGGCAUUAGAUAUGUAAAUUGUCCUGAAAUACUGUUUAUUUCUACAAAGGUUUUAUAUUAAGAUGUUGCAGAUUAGUAAGAACGUUUUAUGCCAUGUAAAGCUACAUUUUGCCUGUUGCAAAAAUUAUGCUAUUAAGUUAUACGUAAAAAGAUUAUAAAAUUGAAAUUAAUGGGUUAUUCUGUGUUAAAUGGCUGUGGAAUUUAGUAGAAUUAGUUUACACAACACAGCAUGGAAUAUUGAUUUACUAGAAGAAAAUUUAUUUUGGUGACAGGUAUGAAUUGCCUAGAAAUCAAGGUUGUCUUUCCAUAUAAAAAUCUACAUGACAGAACACACAUUCCCAACCCUGGUCCUGGAAUACCCUGUCCUGCACAUUUUAGUGUGUUUACUGCUCACUAAUCAGCUAAUUCACACCUCUUCCUGAGUUGAAGUGUACUUGUGUGUGCGCGCUUGUGUGUGCUUGUGUGUGCUAGUGUAAAGAGCAGGGCAAAUGCUAAAAUUUGGACAGAGGGUUUUCUAGGACCAGAUUUGUGAACUUGUGUGAUAGAAGAUUCACAUACAAAAGAUGUGGUAACCAGAAAGGUAUAAUUAUAGAACUGACAUGCAAAGUCUGGUUAACUUACAGCAUGGUCUACUAUUAUAUACACUCACUGUCUAUUUUAUUAGGAACACCUGAACUUUCAAGCAUUUAUCUAAUCAGCCAAUCAUGUGGCAGCAGCACAAUGCAUAAAAUCAAGUAGAUACAGGUCAGCAGCUUCAGUUAAUGUUGACAUCAACUUUAAGUAUUUCAGAAACUGCUGUCCAGUUUCUGUGAGAUUGUACGCAAGAUAGCCUCAGAUUCCUGUUUUUUGUCUGACAGGAGUGGAACCCAAUGUGGCCUUCUGCUGUUGUAGCCCAUCCAUCUCAAGGUUUGAUGUGCAUGCUGAGAUGCUUUUCUGCUCACCACAGUUGUAAAGAUGAGUAUUUGAGUUACUAUAUCCUUCCUGGCAGCUUGAACCAAUCUGGCCAUUUUCUACUGACCUCUCUUAUCAUCAAGGUGUUUCCACCCACAGAACUGCUGCUCACUCAAUGUUUUUUGUUUUUCACACCAUUCUGUGUGAAAGUUUCUGAAAUACUCAAACCACCCCAUCUGGUACCAACAGUCAUGCCAUGGUUGAAGUCAGAGAUCCCAGUUUUUCUUCAUUCUGAUGUUUGAUGUGAAAAUUAACUGAAGCCCUUGACCUGUAUCUGCAUGAUUGUUUGCAUUUCGCUGCUGCCACAUGAUUGGCUGAUUAGAAAACUGCAUGAAUGUGCAGUUGUACAGGUGUUCCUAAUAAAGUGGACAGUGAGUAGUUUCAUAUAUUAAGAGUAUGAAAAUGCAGUUUAAGACAUUGUAAAUGUCUUCACUGUAAAUGUCUCCCUCUGCUCAUUGCUGGUGGGCAUUUGUGUUGCCUCUAUGGAUCUGGUUAUGGCUAAUAUGUAUGUGUGUUAAAUACAUUAUAUAUACAAUGUAUUUAUAGGGGAGUACUUUUUAACGUCAUAGCCAGCCAUAAGAAUAAACUGUAGAAUGUGCAUUAGCUGUUGACUUGGCUAAUUUGCUCAGUCUUAUUGGCAAGCUACCUAACUAAAUAAGCAAGAAGCUGUUGAAAAUUUACAUUUUGUAAAAUGUUUGGUUAUUAUUACAAACAAUGCGCCUCAUUUAUCAAACUGGAUACAAACUAAUUUAUUUGUGAAUCAUUCACAAGAGCUUUUACACAAGAAAUUUGGUAUUCGUGAAAAUCCAAGUUUUGUGUGCGCCCCUUUAGGAAAAUCGGUUGUGCCAUGAACAUGCUUGGUAAUUUACAAAAUUACCAAUUUAUAAAAUUUACAUGUGAUUGGCAUUCAUUGACACACCCACUUGAAUAUGAAGAAUAUCAGCGUUAACUAAAGGUUUGUCAAUCUGGCUGGAAUUUUUAGUUUGGUUUGACCUAUGAAAAAAAUUUACACACAGCACUACUACGAGAUUUAAAAACGAGGCCCAAUACUUAUAAGUAUUGUUUAGUUUGUGAUGUUUAGAUGGAAGGUAGAGGUCUUUUAGCUUGGAUUUGUUGUCAGUUAUUUUGAAAAUCAGGCUAACCUUGGCUAAUUGGCGUUCAAGCAAUGGCAGUAAAUGCAGUAAGUGACUUUGCUGCCAGCAGUUUCCAUAAUAGUAGAACAGAUGUCUACUAUUCAGUUUAAAUUGUGUAAAACAUUUUGGGUUGUAUGUUGCCUCUUACCAUUUUGUAAUCAUGUGGUGUGCUGCAUAGCAUAGCAUAUUCCCAGCGUAGUGGGAAGAAGCAGUGCAGUUGGGAUGGCAGAAAGACACAUGAGCAUUUAUAGUUGAACAUUACAUGUUUAUAGACCCACACAGUCUUUAUGAGGAUGAAGGAGUAGAUACAUGCGAGUAGGAAAUAUAUUUAAAUAUUUUCUAGUCAUGAUGUACCCUUUAAAGCAAACCCUUCGAAGGUCAAAAUUUUCAUGUCCCACUUCACAUCACUAUAUUUUUUUCAGGUAACAUAACCAUGGUUCUUACUAUAUUAAAGGGCCUGUAAAACAUUAUAAGUCAAGAUUCUAUGUUUUCUUAAAUGCUAAAAUUCUGGGAUUUACUUGAAGGGUUUGUUGUUUCUUGUUUUGUCCAACUUUAAAUUAUUUGAUGGCCACCCUUAAAGAAUCUUUCCAUCUAGGUAACAUUUUCACAAACAAAUAUUCAGAAUAUUGACAACAGUUGUUGUCACUUUAUAUCCCUAUAUAAUGUGACUACGAGAUCCGUACCCAAACCUCUUUUCUGCAGGUUAUUUGACAUGGAAUAACCCUGAUGCCAUUAUAUCUUCACUGACAUGUUCUAAAUAUAUUCUUAAGUAGCACAUUAUUUCAUUUCAUUCACCACUUCCUGCCUUUAUUUGUUCAACCUUGUGUUCAUUUAAUAAUUGACACGUUAAACAACUUUUAAUGGUUAUGUUUGGGCAAACCCAGUAAGUAGCUUUUUUCAGAGACAAGAUGUGAAUAUCUGAUGUUGAAGGAUAUUUGUAUUGUUUAAUGGUUAAUUUAAAUGCUCUAUAAAGAGUGCACUAUUAGGUUACAAGGAAAUAUUUUAAAUGAAAUGAAUAACCACUUCAUGCUCUACUAUAUUCUCUGCAUGCAGUGCAAUGUAGAUUCAAUAGAUCGUUGAAUAUAUUUUGUAUAUUUAUAGCCACAUCAUGUAAAUAAGAAAGAUCUUUACCUAUAAGACAUGUCUGGAUAUAAACAUGGAUUAAAGGGGAUGUCAGCUAAUUAAGUAGCUUGUCCCUUACAGCAAUAUACUGUAUUUUAAACAUUGAAAUAAUGUUUAAGAGGAACAUAUAUAUUAAAAGACAAUGUUAUCUGCUAUAUUAAAUACCUUACAAGUCAUCUGGUAUAAACAUGUUUCAUUGUGUAAAAUAUUCCCUGGGGUCAAAUGCUUAAAUGCAUCAAAUAUGUACAUCUAUCACUAUGUUGUCAACAAAUAUGAUAUUGAGAUUGUGAUAUUGAAAUAUGAUACUGAAAUUGUGACAGGGUAAAUUAAUAGACAUAGACAAUGUUGGACAUAACAUCUAUUAAGAUCAAACAUUUAUUCAA